UGGAACAAGGCAGACAGCUCUAAUGACUUUAAAAUGCACUCUUCAACCUACCUGUGCAAUACCAACACCUGUACUAUCUAUCUUAUUUGGUCGCAUACCUCAAGUUUCCACCGUUGUCAAAGAUAUAAGUGAAGAUCCGUCACAAGAAGCCAAGAUUAGGGAUGACGACGAAUCCAAACCUAGCAGGGACGAUGAAGGUGACGGCUGGGAUACUGACUGGGGCUGGGCCGAUGACGAUGUUAAGAAGCACUCGGAACCCAAGUCUACUCUUCACUUAACAAGCGUGUCGCCAUCGUCAGUAUCUUCAGUUGCAACCUCAACCUCUUCUAUUCCGCAAAGUCCGACUAUCGAACCCUACCUUGUCUCAGCAUCUGCAGAUGGAUCACAUAUUGCUUUAGCGCAUAAAACGAAAUUCGUUGUUGUAAAACGGCAUUUGGAAGAAGAAGAAUAUUUCGCUAUUGGUCAAGGCUCUGGAUGCGAAUAUACUGGCGAGGAAAUUACGGCAAUACUCUGCCUACCUUUAUUUGUACCUUCCAUUCGAAAGAGCCAGUUCUUCAUUAUGGUAGGAUACAAUUCUGGUUGGCUCCGGGUGUUUUCAGAGAACGGCGUUCUCUUGACCUCACAAAUCCUGGAGCAAGCAUGUAUCUUGCGAAUCAAAAUGAGGACUCCUCCAGCCGUUAUCAAGGCAAACACGAGGAAUGUGGUUGAUGAAGAUGAAGAAAUCACCAUAUUGUAUCAUAAUGGCCAAGUUGUUAGUAUAGACGGACAGAGCCUUUGGAUGGUUCUUAGAGUAUGCGACGGACAGCGAGAAAGUGGCAUCGGUAAGAAUGAUUUAUCUAGUUUUCCACCGCUGCCAUAUCGAAUUUACCAAGGAAAGAUUAACAUGUUUUAUCUUCUUGAAGAUACUUCACGGGGUCAAACUGCGUUUUCAUACAAAAAAUGGGAUCUUCAGUAUCAAGAAGGGAUAUCUGAUAUAAUUAGUCUGGGACCAUCAUUGCAACGAGGCCGAAAUAAUCAAAUAUCGUUACCGGGGGUGAUUUCCACAGAUGUCUUAGAUGUUGAUAUGACAGCGAGGUAUAUUGCGGUAGGAUCCAAACCAAUGCUCGCUUACUAUGGAACAAGUGAUAGCAGCCGACCUUUACUCUCCGCCGUAUCGCUUGCCAGUUACGUGGUAUCACGCGUAGCCACUCCGGUAUUUUCAUUAGCGAAAUCAUGGUGGGGUUCAUCUCGGUCGGCUUCAAGUUCACGAUCGGCAUCUCCUUCACCUUUUGUACCAGAUAUGCCCCCUCCACCCACUCAAAUCGAACCUGCCACGACACUACCAAAUAUCUUAUCUUUGGAUGACCCAGCUCGUCGAAUUGUACACAUCUGGCACUCGCCACCGUCAUCUAGUCCACCGAUGCACUCCCUUGCUGCUGUCAGCGAUGUAUUGGGACGAGUUAUGCUAUUGGAUGUCGACACAGGAGAAAUCACCAGAAUUUGGAAAGGAUUACGAGACGCAGUAUGUGGUUGGAUCGAGAUACCUGAUCCCAGCAGUCCAUCUCGAGGCAACAUACUUUUAUUCCUAGUAAUGUAUUCGCCACGCCGUGGAUUACUCAAAAUAUUUCAAAUGAGGCAUGGAAAGCAAAUCGGUGUUUUUCAUAUCGGUGUAGGCUGGCGAUUAGUCAACUGUGGUGGUGAGCCGCUUGGCAGCAGUAUGGUUGGCAUAGAACGUAGGCGACCGGCAGCAUCUGCUAAUGAUUCGACGCAACAAGGCCUUGCUGAAUGCUUGUUGAUUGGCCCUACUGGCGAGGUUAGGCGAAUCGAGGUUAAUAAACGAUGAUUCCCCCAUGUUUUCAAAUUCAGUGCGCUUAUUAAACGUAGGCAGGCACAUGCUUACUGUAACCAUAGUAGUAGGAACCCGUCGUACAAAAUCGAAAUGUUCCAAAGUAUUGGUG